CUUGGUAUUGGCGUUGGCCCAUCGUGCAGCCUGCGUGAAGCACCCUUGCCGUUAAGUUCUGCGCCAGUACCCGCAGCAGUGCGCCGCAUCAUUUCUUCGAGGCGUUCGCCACCCCUUGGCGCGGCAGAGCUCCCUGGCUGCAGAGGCUAGUUUCCAGCCGCAUGGCCGCGACGUCGAGGAAGCGCGCCCGCACCGAGCCGACGCCACCACCAGCAGACAAGCCCAAGGUCUUUAAUGAUGCGGUCUUAGGACAUGUGGAAUUGCACCCGUGCUGCGUCGCCGUGGUGGACACACCAGAGUUUCAGAGACUGCGAGGCUUGAAGCAGCUCGGGCCGACGGAAUAUGUGUAUCCCGCGGCCGGGCAUACUCGAUUUGCGCAUUCUUUAGGAGUGUCGUUUCUGGCCGGGAAAUUGGUCGAGAAACUCUCUCAUCAAGUGUCGCCGCCGUUGCACAUUACGGAGCGGGAGAUUUUAUGUGUCAAGCUGGCCGGGCUCUGCCACGAUCUAGGCCACGGUCCCUUGAGUCACACCUUUGAGAAGUUCGUGCGCAUGCGGCGGCCCCAUUUGAAAUGGCGGCACGAGCACGCGUCGGCGGCGCUCUUCGCGAAGGUCGUUCGCGACCAGAAAGUUGCGGCUGUGUUCGGGCGGUAUGAACUCACAGAGGACGACGUGCACUUCGUCCAGGAAUUGAUCUUUGGGGACAAGUCGGACGCUCCUCAAAAUUGGCAGUGGCGGGGCCUGCCCGCCGCAAAGCAUUUCCUCUUCGAGAUCGUCUCGAAUCACCGGAAUGGAAUUGAUGUGGACAAGUUCGACUACUUCCGGCGCGACGCCUUCCACCUCAACAUCCCCGUGUCCUUCGACUCGGAUAGGCUCAUCAUGUGCGCGCGCGCGAUUCCUGAUGAUAGAGGUAUCUAUACGGUCGCCUACCCGGAGAAGGAGGUCUGGAACGUCUAUGAAUUGUUCCGCACGCGCUUUAACCUACACAAGCGAGCGUAUCAACACCGCGUGUCGAACGCUAUUGAGAGGAUGUUAUGUGACGUGUUACUGUUGGCGGAAGAAUCGGGAUUUACCUACCGCGGUAGGAAGCUGUCCGAGGCCAUGGAUUCGUUAGAUGCGUACGCGACCUUGACCGAUAGCGUGUUUGAUGUAAUAGACUUCCUCUCAACGACGGACGCGUCACUGCGACCGGCAGCGGAGUUGCUGGAACAUGUGAGGCGGCGCCAACUCCACAAGCAUGUGGGCGAGGUCGUCGUGCCUCCUUUGAAACGAGAUGACAUUUGCGCGUUGUCCGACGACGACUUGUUGCGGACGAUCGCGCGGCACUCGACGCCAGCCGGACGGCAAGCAUUGCUCGCGGGAGCCUACGCCGCGAGGUUCGACAUCACGUUCGGCAUGGGCGAUAACAAUCCUGUCGAAAGAGUCUUCUUCUAUUUGCGGAGCGACGACGCCGUCGGGCGAGUCCUGAAAGGUUCCCAAGUGUCGACGUUCGUGCCGCGGCACUUCGCCGAGUCGUACGUCCGGUUGUUUUUGAGAGAUAGAGACGAUAGCGAGCUGUUCGACGUGGCGUCGAGCGCUUUGCAGGCGUGGGAGCGCGCGGUUCUAGGAAGGGUGGAAAGCGCCAUCGCUCCGUCGCCGCCCCAGAAAGGUGCUGCACGGCGGCCGCCGCGGCCGCCGCCUCCCAGAACGCCGUAA